AUGCUCGUACGGCGUCUAAAUCCGUCACGCGGAUAUUGGCACUCUUCAUCCGCUGGCGCCACCAUUCGUACCCUCCCUGUCGCCCAUCGGCCCAUUGCCAAUGGAUUAACAUCGCCAUCAUCGGAUACAAAAACUGCCGGUAUUCACAUUGCUGCCCGGCCUCCCAACCGGGACAAAUCGACUGCGGCAUACCACACGAAUAACAACAAUAAAAUCCUCCUGCUAUAUACUGUAUCGAAUCCCGAAUCGCCCGCACCCAUCGUCGACACUCUGCACUCGCCCGCGGGGCAACUCCACAAAUCAUGCUGGACAUCAUCCCGCUGCGCCUGCACGCAUAACCAACAUCGGUGGUUCCACUGCCGUGCCUCCUGCGCUAAAAACUCCUCGUCCGAUAACUGCUGCGCUUGCAACGUCCGCACUCGCUCCGAAAUCGCCGUCUGCACCAUCUCCUGCUGA